AUGGCGUCCACUUACCCGUCAUUUACCUAUGGCGAGUACAAUACAACAACGACGUCUCGCCCGAAGUCGCGUCGGACGACUGGUAGACCUGGCACAUCCCGACCAAGGACAGGUAUCUCGACCCUAGCCAGAGUGGACGCACAGGAAGUAAUUUGUGCUGUUGUCGAGUCUCGUGGUGUUUCUACAACAGUCGGUCUUGCAUUCGUCAAUCUAGACACCGGAGAAGCCGUGCUUUCCCAGAUUUGCGACAGUCAAACCUAUGUGAAGACAAUCCACAAGCUCCGUGUCUAUGCUCCAUCCGAAAUCAUCAUUGCAUCCACUGCGACGAGCCCCAAAUCAAAACUGUUCUGCAUCAUCGAGGAGAACCUCGAAGUCAUUGAGAGCAAGCUCACGGUGGUCGACCGCAAGUACUGGGCCGAGUCCACUGGCUAUGAUAACAUCCAAUCGUUAGCAUUCGCUGAGGACGUUGAUGCAAUCAAGCUCGCAAUAUCUGGAAAUUUCUAUGCUGUCUGCUGUUUUGCUGCUGUCAUCAAGUAUAUUGAUCUCGCACUCAGCAAGACAUUUCCAACACACUCUCUCAGGGUCAAGUACGAGCCAUCAGAAGGCACCAUGAUGAUUGACGUAUCCACAAUAUAUUCCUUAGAGCUUGUCCAGAAUCUUCAAGACGCAAAGUCAAAGGACUGCUUGUUUGGACUCCUCAACCAUACCCAAACUCGUAUGGGUGCCAGACUCCUUCGAAGCAACAUCAUACAACCGUUAACAGAAGGUACUACGCUGAAUACCCGCUACGAUGCCCUCGAGGAGCUCACGACAAAGGAGGAGAUGUUUUUCGCAACUCGUGCCGCUUUGAAGGACUUCCUAGAUGUUGAUCAGAUUCUUUCAUAUCUCAUCGUCAUCCCUACUAAGCCAUCCAUAUCUACCAAAGAACAAGACAUCAACCAGAUCAUCAAGCUCAAGAAAUUCAUCCUUGCUGUAGGGCCUAUCUAUGAGGCGCUCUCAGGUUGCUGUAGUGCAAUGCUUCUAAGCAUUCGAGAAUAUUGCCACCCUAACAAGAUUGCACCUGUACAAGAGCUCAUCGACACGGUCAUCAACGAAGAUACCAUGUUCGCGAAACAACCACUUGAGCUGCGGAACCAGAGAGCAUACGCGGUCAAGUCAGGAGUCAACGGACUAUUGGAUGUUGCUCGAACUACUUACAAAGAAUCCACUGAAGACGCAUAUCAACAUUGCUCAGAUCUCAAAGAGCAGUUUGGUCUCGAAUUGAAUCUGAAGUUCGAUCCCGCCCGUCAAUUCUUUUUCCAUUUAUCAGCAACCGAUCUUGAAGAUAAAGGAAUGGACUCCCUGCCCCCAAUUUUCACCAACGUUUAUCGAAAGAAGAACAAAAUAGAGUGCCAGACUCUGGAACUAAUGAAACGAAAUCAAAAGACUGCCUUAUCUCACCAGGAAGUCGUUUUGAUGAGUGACCAAGCUAUACAAGAUCUUAUUGAAGAGGUUCGCGGUUACAUCUCAACAGUGUUCAAAACCUGCGAGGCAAUUGCAAUGCUAGAUAUGAUUGCAGGAUUUGCUCAAGUCGUCACUACCAAUGACUAUGUUCGCCCACGUCUUACAGAUACGCUUGAGAUUGGCGCUGGUCGACAUCCCAUCCGCGAAAAGAUAUCACGAACUAAAUUCAUCCCGAAUGAUUUCUACGCCACGCAGCAAUCUAGGUUUCAGAUCAUUACUGGAUGCAAUAUGAGUGGCAAGAGCACUUACAUCCGCACUGUUGCGCUUUUGUGCAUCAUGGCGCAGAUCGGGAGCUUUGUGCCAGCUGAGUCCGCUUCUUUUCCAAUACUACAUCAAAUGUUUGCCAGAAUAGGCAUGGACGACAGCAUUGAAUCCAAUGUCUCAACAUUUGCUGCUGAGAUGCGAGACAUGGCCUUCAUCCUUCGUAACAUAGAACGGCGAAGCUUGGUCAUAGUGGACGAGCUUGGUAGAGGGACGAGUACGCGUGAUGGGCUUAGUAUCGCUCUUGCGAUAUCAGAGGCGUUGAUUCAAAGCAGAGGUCUUAUAUGGUUCGCUACGCAUUUUGUCGACCUUGCCACGAUUCUCAAAGAACGCAGUGGCGUUAUCAGCCUGCAUUUGGCUGUCGACAACCACGAAGAUGAUAAGAUGAUCAUGCUAUACAAGAUCGCUGAGGGAGCCGUGAAGGAGACUCAUUAUGGACUCAAGCUUGCUCGGAUCGUCCCGCUUCCGACAGGAUUGGUGGAUCGUGCCACGGUCAUCUCACAUGAACUCGAACGUCGAGCACUGAAUCGGAAGCGAACGUCGCUUGUAGUCAUCCAAGAGCGCAGAAGGAAACUCAUCCUCAGUCUCAAAGAACACCUGAUUCAAGCGCGGAAUGGGGAUAUGGAGGGUGAAAUCCUGAGUGCUUGGUUGAAAGAGCUACAAAGGGAAUUUAUUACACGUAUGACUGCUAUCGACGCAGAUGCAGCCGAUGCAGAGCAAGAUCUCGAAAGUGAGGAGGCAGACAGUGAACGAGGAGUCCCUGAUGGAAUGACGAGUAGUGAACAUAACGAUCACAUGGAACUUGAAGACGCCAAUCAACCUCUUACAGAUGCUAGCCAGCAUUCUGUCAUUACUGUCUCGUCUCGGGCAACGUCCAGUGCAUCGUCCUCGAUUGCUCGCGCUGUCUCAGAGAAUGAGCUAUAA